CGACCCCGAGGUUGCAUCGGUUCAGCUGUCGCGCUAACUCUCGCCGCGCUCUCGUCGACCAAUGCGGCCGUCGGCGUCGUAAAGUCUUGCCCUGCUUGAGGGCUCGACGCGCUGCCGAUGGUGAAAAAAUUCCUCAAGUCGCCGGGCGGCGUGGAGCUCUAUCCAUCCGUGAACAUCGAGUGGAUCAAGGGCCAUGACCCGACUCUCUACGUGACAGGUGACGGCCCAGCGGAAGAGAUCGGACUCGGCAAGUUCAACUACACACAGCUACACGAACUCUUCGCCCGCAAGUUUGGGCGCGUGGCCUUGCGAGAUGAAGCGGCCGGCUCAACCUGGAAAAGGCCGGCUGCGGACGAUGCAGGGUCGCCUGCCGGAGCAGGCAGCAGGAGACUCCUCUUCAUGCUGACGGGCGGAGCGAUCGUCACAGCGCUCUACGCUGCAGCCGCGCGGCGCUCUCGCGCCCGCGGCGGCUGGGACGCAGCGAACGACGAAGACGAGCUGAAGCAACGGCUCACGGCAUGAGCCGGUCGCGUCACUCGUGCGCGCUCUCUGUCUUCUUCUGCGCGUUUGCGUCGUUGACGAUUGUGUGCGUGCAGUAUUUGAGCGCUGAGCCGGUCCGUCGGUU